UCAACGAGCCAUGACCAGGUUACCGAUAUUCAAACAGAAUAUCACCGUUUGGACUAGAGCUACUGUGAUCAGAUUUCCGUGACAUCUGCAUCCUUAUACCGGAACUGGACUCAUCGUCUGCACGGAAGUCGAAUCUACGCCCAAAAAUUCAGAGGAUGGAAAUUCCAUGUUGGAAUAUCGAGAUUGAAGAAGGGUAACCUUCGCACCAAGUCAGCAUUCACCGCUGAAGACCAUCCACCAAUGCUGCCCUUAUGACGGCUGGAUCGAGUAUGCCGACCGGAAAGACUGCAGCAGAGAUCAAGGCCGGAAUGAGGUCUGAUCGAACGGUCUUCGCCGAGAGAAGGAACCGGUUGGAGAAGGUUCGGAACGACUUCCAGAUGAGGCUUCUUGAUCGUGAAAAAGCGCGGGCUCGCUUUGUUAUCGGGAAGGAGCGAAAAGAACUUGCAAAAAGCUUCCAAAGUGUUCAACAGACAACUGGGCAGAGUGAGUUAGGUAUUCCCGGUUCGUUUCACGAUAAAGAUGUGUGCAGUUCUGAACAUUACCGUUAUGGCGUGGUGAUCAGCAAUCGGCGGUUGAAGCAAUGGAGACGCCAGGAAGAGUUCCUGCAGAAACACGUGACCAAGGAAGAGGUCAAGGACGAAGAAGAACUCGGCGAUCGUCAGAUUGUACUGAAUAAUCUCUUGGCCGAAAUACGCCAGGAAUAUGAUAAUUCAAAUGAAAUCACAGAGCAAAGAACGAGGCCAGUUAAGGAAUUGAGAAUGCCCUAUGCCGCGCAGACUACAAGUUUGGAUGUGUUCGAAAAUUUGCGGGCCGAGGACGAACGCAUAGACAUUGGAAGGCCGGCCACCGCGCCUGUUCAGAGAAUCAGACACCGCGGUGGACCUAUGGUCGUAGAAGCUGAAUCAGUUGAGACCAAGAAAUCGAAAAGUAGUUUUAAUAUUCGACAAUGGGAGAGGCUGAUUACGAGAGAGUAUAUAGAUUCAUUCAUCGGAAGGGAAUAUGAGACCAUAGUUAUGUCCAACGGUUAUGCGAGACCUCACAGCGCGCAUGUCCCGAUACAGACCGAGAGUAAAGCUUAUAUCGAACCAAAAAUUUCGAAUGGUCGGCUGGAAAUGCCCCUGUUUAUUCGAGUCAAUAAACAUUUAUCUGAGGAACAUGGUAUUUUGAAAAUGCGGCCACAUUCUGCUUCGUUGACAGAUGAAUGUCGGAACAAUAAACAUGAUACGAGUAGGCCUAGACCAAAGUCCUCCCCGCUGAAGAGAAAAUCUGCUCUUAAAAGUAACUCAACUGAUACCAUGGCAAGCCCCAAUUCAAACCCUGUGAACUUUAACGAACUCAAACCACUGACACCUCCAAUGACUCCAAGUAAAAGUAGUGUCGCGUUCGAUUUGGAACCAACUGUUCAUGAUUUUGAAAGAGACGAUUCUCAAAUUGCAAAUGGCGGUGAUGCUGACUAUCCGGAUGUCACAUGUGGGCGACAUAGGAAAAGCGGAAUUGCCAUGGCACCUGACAUGGCGGUGAACAGUGAACAUGGUGGAGAGGAUGUGGAUGAAACCAGUCAAGAAAUCAUAGGAACACAGGAAACUAAGAUGGAGGAAACGCGGACAGUUAACGUUGUUGCCGCUGGGAUUACCGAAGAUGGUAGCCCUGAUCCCCUGGAGAAUGAGCGACCCAGUACGGCGGAAAGCAGUCCCGGUUCAAGGAAAACUUCAUCGGCUAUCCGGAAAGUCUCCUUUCGCGAUUCCUAUCGACCCAUUCAGAGAAUGCCACGCGGCUUUCAACAAGACCGGGAUCGCAAGAUCAGUUCCAGCAGCACCGGAAGCAGUGGCAGCCGUCGAGAGUCCAUCGACAUCCUGCGCAAGAAGCACCUCGUAAUCAACCUGGACGUGCGGGGAUCGCUAAACAAGCGUUUGACGAAUGCGAAUCAGACUGAGAGUGCAGGUGAAGAUGAAGAAAUCCGUCCCUCUGGUCCGCCUCAAUGGAGACGGGAACUGCUACGUGAUGCGCCACCCGGACUGUAUUCAGCGGCAGAGACACCAAAGGUACAUUUGACAAUGUCAAAAUCGGCUCGGAAGAAAGAACUUGAGAAAAUGGUCGAGUCGAAUACGUCGAAUUUGAGGGAUAUGAUAAUAUCGGAGAAAGAACGACGGGCUCAGACAAGAAUGAAUAUGCAGAAGUCAAUGGCGGAGUUAGAUUCAAUUCAAAAAUGAUGGUUUGCAUGUAAUGAUAUUUGGACCUGAUGUUUCCACAUACAAUGUACUUCGUCCGGGUUUUCGCUGUGUACAAGGCUCGGUUGUCAUCACUGAAACAUUGGCUCUGUGUAUGCGAGGGUGGCAGUGUUCUUAGUCCUGUUUGGAGCCGUGAGUGACGUUGUCUUCAGCAGUCGGGUGCUGAACAACGACGGAGUCAAAUCUGGUCCAAAUUACUGAAAAUAUGACAUUUCACCAGAAGCUCUAGUUGCGGGAAGCACUGGGCUGACCCUGUAGAAUGAAAAGCUUUAGUUGUAACUGUGAUAAACCUUGUUGGUGCUACACACUAGUCCUUAGUCAGUGUUUGGAUUAUUUUACUGUGAUCUAAUGUAUAGUGGAUAUGGCAACAUUGCGCCAAUCGCCGAUAGUGCGUCCCUGUUAUACAGGUUUCGCAACCCUUCCGUAAAGCUACGAACGACGAAGUACACACAGCGUAAAUGAAUAUUGGGCACCCGGCGCCUCCCGGUGUAAUGGGAGUCAGUACGGGCAGAGAGAACAUCCUGUGAUCUGCUCGCAGGAUGGUUAAUCGACUUUCGUACUUUACGGUAGCCGGAGGAAUCAGAGACUAUGUAAUACAUUUUUGUACUUCGUGCUUCGCCGUUCGUACCUCUUCGUAUGGUUACGAAGCCUGCCUCCAGGAAGGGGAGCGUAAAAUGACAUGACUUCAACGAUCGAUUAUAUGCGAAGUGAUCAUGAUUUUAAUAAAAACGUAUUCAA